AUGGAGCAUCUCAGGGCCGUAACAAAUGUAGCGUCAGAGUACACGCAUCUGAUUGAGUGCCACCGCCUGAACGGAGGGAGAACGACGAUGAUCCUUCUACUGCUGUUGGCGUCCCUGCUCGCCUCCCCGUCUGCCUCCACGCGGCCGGGCUUCGACUACUUCGUGCUGGCGCUGCAGUGGCCGGGCACCGUCUGCCGGAGCAGCGCCGCUGGCCCAUGCUGCUCGUCCAAUGCUUGCUGCCGCUCUGAUCCUAUCCGAUGGUUCACAAUUCGUGAGUUUCUGUUCUUCUCUCGUUUACCACUAGAAUUGCAGAGUGCUCUGCAUGCUCCGUUCCAUCCAUCCGAUGUGUCCAUCAACACAUUUCUUGCUAUCCCAGAUGGGCUCUGGCCAAAUUAUGCCCAAGGGGACGGACCAACUUGCUGCAACAACCCAGAUUUCGACAUGGCAAAGGUCUCAAACCUCACGACGGAGCUUCACGAGUACUGGCCCUCGCUAUACUGCAGCUCACCGUCUCUCUGCUCCGGGGGCCAUGGAUCUCUUUGA